CUUUGACGGUCCUCCGUUUGGCUCAGUCACCAGCCUCGUGUCGUUCGUGACCCUUUAUAUUUUUGGUUAUUUCUCACCAUGAUUAUAAGUUGCAGCCUGGAGUGCGUCUGUCUCUUUCCUUUUCACACUGUUCUCCCAUGUCACCGCAAGACGUUCAUGACAAUGCCAAUGGAUCUGUCAAGAGCGAAAAACAGACGAUGGAAUCGACGUCAAGCGAUGCGAAUGUCAACGUAGAGGAGAGGACGGCGAAUGGGUCGGAUAGUAUUGUGGAGAAGAAGACGACUGCGGCUACUGCUGAUGAUGAUGAGGUGCCCGAGUUUGAUUUCCCAGAUGGAGGAUUGAGAGCGUGGCUUGUGGUUCUUGGGACAGCGUUAAGCUCAACGGCGUCGUUUGGAUAUGUUAAUUCGUGGGGUGUUUUUCAGUCGUACUACGAGAAAACAUUGCUUCAGGAUCAAUCGCCGUCUAACAUUGCUUGGAUCGGCUCUAUUCAGUAUGCUCUAGUUUUCUUUCCAGCACUACCCAUCGGCCGUCUCUUCGAUCUCGGAUACUUCAAAAUACCGUUCCUAAUCUAUUGGCAGUUUAUGUUAUGUCAAGGGAUUCUGCAAGGCACUGCAUGCGGUUGUGUGUACGGCCCUACAAUGGGCGUUAUCGGACAUUGGUUCAAGAAACGACGAGGUCGUGCCAUGGGUCUGACAGCGAUUGGAUCGUCUGUUGGGGGUACCAUCUUUCCCAUCGCCUCUAGGAGAUUAAUAGAAGAAGUCGGGUUCCCAUGGACAAUGCGUAUCCUCGGAUUUGUCCUUCUCUUUUGUCUUGCCGUUCCCAACAUUACGCUCGCAAGGAGAUUGCCUGCUAAGAAUAUCAAAGGAGGACUGUUCAACUUUGCUGCUUUCAAAGAUCCUCCGUUCACGGUUUAUACUAUCGCUGGCUUCUUUACGUUCCUUGGGUUGUAUACUGUGCUGACCUACAUCGACGUCGCAGCGUUGAGCGUCGGAGUUUCGGUCGACCUCUCCUUCUAUCUCGUUGCCAUUGCCAACGCGUCUUCCGGGCUUGGACGACUGACCGCGGGAAUUGUCGUUGACAGAAUGGGUUCAAUAAAUUUCAUAGCCCCUACUACGUUCUUGGCUGGUAUCCUGACUUACGCAUGGCCGUUCGCUAGAAGUCUAGGGUCGCUUAUUGCUAUAGCUGUGAUAUAUGGGUUCAUGUGCGGCACCUUCGUCUCCUCAUUCCUUAUUCCACUCUUCGAGAUGGGUCAAAUCCAGGACGUAGGCAGACGUUCCGGGAUGGUCAUGAGCGUUGCAGCGUUCGGGGGGGUGGUUGGUCCGCCUAUAUCAGGUGCGAUAAAUAAUGCUACGGGUGGCUUUGAGAAGGUCGGAUUUUUCGCAGGAUCGGUGAUCAUAUUGUCGGUCAUCUUGAUGUUGGUUACAAGGCACCUUGUGCUGGGGAAGUUAUGGGGGAGGUUUUGAUUGCCACAAAAAGCUCUCAGAGAGGCAUCCGCAUGUAUUAAUUCGGAUGGGCAUGUACAGCAUACUAUAACGCGUAUCAUGAAACAUCGGAUUGUACGUUUUACUGUGUUUAGGGCAC